UUGAAAGUCGUUCAAGUGAAAUAUUAAAAUCGAAAUCGAUAGGGGCGUAAUAUCACGGGAGCGAUAAGAAGCAACGCUUUACGCUACCCAAAGGUUGCACAAAAAAGGGGGGAACAAAGUGAAAGAAGGGAGGAAAUAUAUACACGAAAAAAAGUGUGCUAAAGGAAGCGCUUGGAAAAAGUGUAUGAAAAAAUACACCGCAAAGUAGCAUUAUUUAAAGCCAAUAAUGCUAUAGCGCAAACGAGGGGAGGACGAUUGCGCAACCAAGCAGAGUAGCAGCUGCGUAGUGUAACGAUCGAGUUGCGGACCACUCAAGAGUCAAUGCUUCCAGUAACACCCCUCCGCAAGAGCUCUUAUGAUGACAAUUUUCCAUGCCAAAGAAAAAAAAAAAAAAAAUCGCAUGAAAAAUAUUUAGCAUGAAAAAUCACCUCGAAAGUAACGCAAAAGGAACAACAGAAAAGAAAGAUCAGAGGCGCAACGCAAAUGAAAAAGAGAAGGAGAAGGAGGAAGAAGUGAGGGGGCAUGGAAUGAACCCAAUUUAUCACCAACCUGUUGGCGAAAUGGAGGCCAGGCGAAUCGACUCCUUUAGCAGGAAAAAAAGAGUUGCAAAGGAAACCCUUUGGAGCAUUGAGAAUAUCCAAGAGGACGAUGAGAGCGUACUGUGCUUCAAAAACUUCGUCCAGAACGACCUGUCGGAUGAUAACGUGAAGGAAGGGGGCGACAUUGUGUUCGACCAUUUUGGGAAUGAGAAGAGAAGGGGGGGCAGAGGGGAGAGCAAACGGGAGAGUAAACAGAAGAGCAGAAGUCAGAGCAUAAGCCAGAGCAGAAGUCAGAGCAGAAGUCAGAGCAGAAGCCGGAGCAGAAGUCGGAGCAGAAGUCGGAGCAGAAGCCAGAGUGGAAGCGGGAACGGAAGCGAAAAUAGAAGCCAAAACAGAAGCCAGUGCAGGCGCGAGUGCCUGCGCGAACACCUGAUCCCGCUGAACAACAAAGGCAGGAGCGGCCACCCCGCUCGAGACAGCAAGCACAACCCAGUAAUGGGGCUGAAUUUAACGAACUACAUGCUGGUGCCGGACGAAAUCAGGCACAAGUACACAAAAACGUACCUAUUCCAAAUAUCCAAAAGAUUGCUAGUCAUGAAAAAGCCGUGGAGGUUGCCCAAAAAUGUAGAGCUACAAAUCAACAAUGUGUAUCAUCUGUCCAAUUACAUAAAAGUGCUGGAGAGAAUUUCAAGUGAAUAUCUCAACGACCCUCCUAUUAAUUAUUACUACAAAGGGUUAGAGCUGUACAACAAAAAUGUUUUUGCAAAUAUUGACUACUUGUUAAAGAAGGUAGAUAUAAAAAAGAACCCCAAGAAUUUUCAAUACAGAAAUUUAAUUAAGGUAAAUGAGUGUUACUACGAUUUAAGUACCUUUGGAAAGUCUCCCAGUGCCAUGUUUUAUCAAUCGUAUGUCAUAUGGGAUGUCCAUGGGAGUAGCUUAACCCUGGAGCAGGAAUAUGAGAAUUUUUUCGACUCACAAAUUAUGGAUUAUAGCUUUGGAGAGAAGGAGUACCCAAAUUUGAAAUACAUUUUAAGCAUCUGUAGCUCCGUCCUAUUUUGGCUCAACUUUAACAAAAAAGACAACUUUGCAAUUAUUAAUUACCAUAAAAUUAGCUCCUUCAUUUUGUUAAUUUUUUCUUGCGUCAUGCUGGUCAUAGAUAACACUUUAACUUUUUCCCAAAUUCAAGAAAUCCUCUACAAGUCGUCCAAAAUAAGUAACAGUGAUAAGGAGAGUGAAGAGGAUAACAUCAACACGAAUAUUUCUUCAAACUAUUUUGGAAACAAAUAUGAGGCUCUUUCUAACGGGGAAAAAUCGGACGACAUGUGCAGCGUGUUAGGGGGAGCCAAGACACCGAGGAAGGGGCAUCCUCCCACCUUACCUCAUACCAGAACGGUAAAUGUGCAGCGAAGCAAAUAUGAGAGAAGGGGGCACAUACAUCAUAACGAUGACACCGCCCUUCCCAGAAACAGUUAUAGGGGUAACUCCCUCGAGAAGGAUUCCUACACGAAGAAACGAGAAAUCUCGGAUUCGGUGCACAUCUACAAUUUUAGCAACGACAACAGCGAAGACUACCCCACAUAUGACAACCACUUUAGCGGAGGCGAUAUGACUUUCGCCACGAACGAAUAUAAAUCGCGUAACCCCAUCAGUGAGUUUAACAAAAUACAAUACCAUACAUUAAAUUUGAGCGGGAAAAGUGUAGAAUAUGAUAAUGAGAUGGCAAGUGCACAGAACAGGAAGAAGACCAAAUUUUCAAACUCCUGGGGAUUUGAUCUGACCAACAGAGAGAAUUACAAAAGUAACAAUAAAGUGAAGGACCACCACUUUUGGAUUCCUUUUGACUACUGGAAGUCUUCUCACAAAAGAUAUUUUUUUUACAUUUAUGAGUUAAUGAAAAAUAAAAAUAAAAAGGUCGAAAAUGUGCCCUUUAAGUUGAAGAGCAUUAUUUUCAGCGACUACGUCAUGUGCUCCGUUUCGGUCGAGGUGUAUGAGAUUAUUUACAAGGAUAAUCAGGAUUUUCACCUGGACGUUUUGUCCGAUUGUGGCUGCGACUCCGCUGGGGGGGAGGCGUCCACGGGCGAGGGCACCAGUGGGAGCGCCGAGCCAAGUGCUGAGCGAAGCGGCGAACGGAGUGGUAGCGGGAGUGAAAACGAACGUGAUGACCAACGGGAUGGCCAAUCCAACGACUCAAACGAACGCAUCGCUGCUGACGAGUCAAAUGAGGACUACACGCAGAGUGAAGAACCAAAGGGAGAAGGCCUCCGCGAAGAUGAAACCUUUUACAGAGACGCUUCCCUGGAGGGGAAGUUAAAACGAGGAACUCCAAAUGAACGCGAUUCGAAUGGUCCCUUGGAGGGAAGGGGUAGCAGUGAUUACUCCAACGAGAUGCUCCACCCCCCUGCUAUCGUAAAAAAAGGAAAUGGCCAUAUGUGUAGAGUAGCAUAUAAACAUGUAGGGAAAAAAUCAAGCACGCAUAGCAUUCCGUACGGGGAAGGUAGAUCCCCUAACAGGUUAAGCGUACCAAAGGGUGACCUCACCGCGGACAGCUUUUUUGUAGAUAGGAGCCAUGAACCAACUGCGUGCGUGAGCAAUAAAUUGAGGAGGACCGCUUCUCAUUACAGCUUAAGGAACGGCUCAAAUGGGUGCAGCGACAGCUGCGAGGGGGCGUCACUUAACACGGAGAAUCGGUCAAACGGGUCAAACGGGUUAAACCGCUCAAACGGGUCAAAUAGGUCAAACGGGUCAAACCGCUCUAACCGCUCAAACCGCUCCACUUCGCAGAAUCGAUCGACUCUGUCCAACUCGGCCAAUUCGUCCAGUGGGCCAAAUUAUGAACGAAGUCGGAAGGGCAGAGGAGGGGUAGAACGGAUGCCGCUCUCCCCCCGAAGCGGAAAUGGCCCCACCACACACAAAAUAAGACAGCACGGGGGGAAGUACUAUUCCCCCAGGUCACUCAGUUCAGUUUCGCCCAAACCAACAUCGGUAGAGCACAUGUACAGGUACAAAAAUGAGGGCAUUCCGCGCAGCGGCAGUAUUCAAAGGGGGAGAUCCAAAGGGAAGAUAACUACCAACGUGGAAGUGAAGGCGAAAAGGAAGGCGAAAAUGAAGGCGAAAACGAUGACGAAACCUAAAUCGUGCUCAUUCUUUCCGCAAAAGAAGGUUAAGAACUCGGGCGAAUCGAAUGAACCGCUCACACCCGUGAAGAAGAAACCCACUUGCGGUGUGCCCAACGUAGUCGAAGCGGAACGUAAGAAAGACGCCAAAUGGAAGGAAAAAAAAAUUUACGAUUUUUUAAGGAAAAACAGAAAAAAAAACCAGAAAAAAGGGGAAGAUCGAAAUAAAGGAGGAUCGUGUGCGAAAUCGGGCUAUGAGUACUUUUUAAAAUGUAACAACCUAAGUUACAACAUCGUGUCGUCGUACGAGAAGAACAAAAAAAAAUAUGUGACAAUCGAUUUCACACAUGACGCUGAAGGGAAUACCAAGGAACACAUCAUAUGUGGAGAUAUUCUCAUACUAAUUGGACACAAAAAUAUAGAAAAAUUUCAUAAGGGAUUUUCAAGUUCUUACUCUUUUCAUACGGGUUUUUUAAAGAAGGCUUCUUCUGAAGUUCUCCACAUAAGGAAAGAAGAUAUGGACAUUAACAGCAACUACGAAAGCUACAUUCCGGAUGGCAUGAAACUGUCUAUCAUUUUGGACUCCGCUAAUAGAAGUGACUGCAUAAAAGCGUACAAAAGAAAUUUAAAGAGUCAUAACAAAGUGGAAGAUUUGAAAUCGCUGAAAAUUUUCGAAAAAAAUAAAUCCUUCGAGUCGAAUGAUUCGGAGCGUGCUGCGUACAGUCUGCGAGGGAGCGCAACUGCCAUUUCGGUCUCUGAUGUGGGGAGCCACAAUGGGGGAGAGACAGACGUCAGGGGGAAGGGCAGAAGGAGGGCAAAGGGAGCGCGGGAAGAAGAUUCAGAUGAAGAAGAGGAGGGAAACGCCAAAUGGAGGAAGGGAAGAAGCGGCCACAAUGUGGUGAAGUGCAGAAGGGAGGAAAUGGGAAAAGUGGACGACGAUGAGGAGGAGGAGGAAGAAGAAGAGGACAGCGAAGAGUGCAUAGAACAGAGCGGUGAACAGAGCACUAAUCGGGAGGGCGAGCCAAACGAACCCCCCCAUCACAGGGGAGAAACAAAACGGACACGACAGCCACGUAGAGAACAGAUGCGCUACCCACCACCAGAGCAGAGGGAACCGCGGAACAAAUCAAACUAUAGCAAUAGCAAACAGAUGGAUUUCCAUUCGAAGAUAAAUUAUAGUGGUUACUCAAUUUUCAGCGAAAAAGAGCCCAAAAUAAAAUACAACGCUACGAACAUAACGCAACUGCUAACAUCCCUAUUCGGUUUUAAAAAUAGAGAAGACAAAUAUUCUUUAACAAAAAGGCAAAACGUAUGUUCUUUGCUAUCCUCCAAAAAAUCGUUUUCAAAUUUAAUCUCCCUAAAGGAUUAUUUACAAAGGCAGUAUGAAGUAAUUACCAACCCGACGGAGAGCAUGUAUCAUUUUGUGAAGAAUCAUGUUUUGAAGGUUAACAUUCCUCUGGUACAUUAUUUAAAAAAGAUAACUCAUCUGUCUAAUUUGAAAAUUUAUUUUUCCCUAAAGUUGUGUAACAAUGAUUUGAGUAAGUCCCUCAAUUUUAUUGUCUCCAUAUGGGGAAUUAACAUUUUAAAAAAAAAAAGCUCCAUUAGAUACUCCUCCACUUUGAACGAGCUCCCAGAAUUUAGGGAAGAGUUUAAAAAAAUUGUCCCCCUUGAUGUAGGCAUCAAAACACCCACUGACUUAGCAAGGCACGUAAACCAUUUAGACAGUACAAGUGUCAGUUGCACACAUGUGGACGUGUGCGAAAGGUUGGACGACAGUGCAAAUCUGCUUAAGGAGCAGGUAGCGUCCGAUGAGGAAGCUGAAGUGGUACCUUCGAGAGAACCGUGUAGGAAGGUCAGCUCGCUCCAUCGCUUGGAGGAGACGUUCGAAUGGGCGAGGGACCCCGGGAAGGUCGUGCACCUGAAGGAGCUGCAUCCCUACAGGGAGAGCGAGGAGGUGAGGUCGAGUGGGGCUAAGAAGGAAGAAAAAAGGGAAAAAACAAGUGAUGCGAAAAUUGAUACAGAACAUGAAGCGAAGAGUGGCACACCAAAUGAAACCAAAAGUGACGCACAUCAUGAAGUUACACUAGGUGAACCCCCCGGUAAAGCUAAACCCAAGGAACUCACAACGCACGAGGUGCAAACGGAGGGCCGCUCCGAAGUGGUCACAAACAUAGACGGAAUAAAAAUUGCCAAGGUGGAAAUCAACAAGACAUACUACCAAAUAAGGGAAGAAACAAAUUUGGAAAAAUCGAAAGAGCUAUCAUAUUUAAGAAAAAACGAAAAGGAAAAGGUCCAGGUAUAUAAAGAAAAAACGAUAGAGGACAAUGAAAGCUUUCUGAAAAGCAUGGUGGAAAAAGACGAGCCAUCAAAGGCGAUAGAACAGACGAGCACAAAAAGUGAUAUAUUAAAAAAAAUAGGAGAAAGUAAUUUUUUUUAUGCAAAAUUGCCCAGUGGAGAAUUGGUAAAAUUAAAAGUAAAAGACACAAACGAGUUAGGCACAUUAGGCACAUACGACAGCAUGCCUCUUCUGCUGAUUGAGCCUGUGGAUGAUUCAGGGCAUCUUACACGUGCGAUGAGUGGCUUAAGUGUGAAGGAGGAAUCUCAUAAAAAUGAAAACGCCACCCUAGAUAAGAGCGCUAAUAAAGAUUGCCUAAUCAACGAUUUGGAAAAAAUGUAUGACCACAUGAUUAUGAAAAAGAACAGCGUUGAGUCCACGUUGAGUGUCGAAAGUGACAGGUCCACUGUGUCUAGGUUUUCCACGUCCCUCGUAGUGCCCCCCCUGGUUUCUAUCCCGAGGGGGGGGGUGCCCGCGGGGGAGAAAGUGGACCAAAAAAUUGAUGUCAAAAUGGGGGAGAAAAUAGAGGCUAAAAUUGAUGUCAAAAUGGACCAAAAAAUUGAUGCCAAAGUGCAGGUCAAAAUGGAGGCUAAAAUUGAUGCGAAAAUGGACCCAGGCGUGGGAGUGAACCCCCCAGAGAUAGCAGCCAAGCAAUUGGCUAAGCUACCGGUCAAGCUGCCUGCCAAGCCACCCGCCAAGCAACCAUCGAGCGAGGGUCAAACGAAGGCAAAGGGCGUGGAGGCGCUCCUCAAGAAAGCGAAGGAAAAAAGACCUCCGCCCCCUCUGCCAGCCGCGCUACAGAAGAGACCCCCUCCGAAGGCGACGGCGGAGGGGAAGGAACCAGGAGGGGACGAAAAAAAAGAAAGUGUCGCGAAGCCAGGGGUGCCCAAAAAAAUGGGGAAGAAAAUGCCAGGCCCUCCUCCGCCACCCCCAUUUCUGUUAAGUAAAGGCAAAAUGGGCGAAAAAGGCAAAAUGGGAAUGAAAAAAUGCCCAAUGAAUUUUGCACCGAAGAAGAGCGUGAAAAUCCAAGAAAAAAGGCCCCUAGGAAUUAAACUACACUGGCAACUAUUACCAACGCAUAAGAUUGAAGGGACCGUUUUUAAUGAAAUUAAAAGUCAAGAAGCAAAGUACAAUCUGAUAGACACAAAAGCUGUUCACAAAUUAUUCGCUCGAGUAAAAGGAGAAAAAAAAAUUGUAAAAAAAAUCACAGAAGAGAAGAAAAAAAGCAACGAAGAAAAAUUAAUAACCGUUUUGGAUAGAACAAGAGCUCAGAACAUCGGAAUUUUGCUACGAUUUCCAAUGAGUACCCAAGAAAUUGUUCAAAAGAUAAGCAUAUUCGACCUCGAAAAUAUGAAUACCGAGUUUCUGCAAAAGGUAUUGCACAUUUUACCAACGAAGGAAGAAAGUGAUAGCAUUUUACAAAAACUGGAACAUGAAAAUGUAAAGGAAGAAAAUUUCAGAGACGUUGAAAGGAAGUUAAUUCCAUUUGUUUAUAUGGACAAAUGUCAAUGUAAGAUAGAAAUUUGUUUAUUUUCAUUAAAAUAUGAAAAAAUGAUGAAUGAAAUAAGCAAAGAUUUGGAUACCUAUGACAAAGCUGUGAAGGAAGUACGAUCGAGUAUACGAUUGAGGUCUUUACUAAAGGCCGUGCUCAAAUGGGGCAAUUAUGUCAACUAUGGUGUUAAUGAUAAUGAAGAUUUAGUCGCCCUAGGGUUUACCCUAUCAUCGGUGUUGAAACUAACCGAAUUUAAAUCGUCCAUAGAUAAUGCCAUCACCUCGUUGCACUAUAUCACCGUCAGUCUUUGUACUUACUUGCCAAAUUUAAAUAUGAACCUUCUAGAAAAUGACCUAAACUCCGUUUUAGUCGCGUCCAAAAUGUCCUCCGAAACGGUAGAUAUUCUGCUAGCUUCACUCGAUAAAGAAAUAAAUUACAUCAGAGAGCAGUUGAAGUGUACCUAUGAAGAUGUCUUUAAAGAAAAAAUGAAAAAUAUUUUACAAGACAGCGAAGCCAAGUAUGCCAGUGCGCAACGGCGAUACGAAGAAACGAAAAAAGCUGUGCAGCAGCUGGGUACCUACCUGGGGGAAGAUAUGUCAAAAAGUGCCAACCUGGAAAGCAUAUUUAUUAUAUUAUCUUCCAUUGUGGAUAAUUUUACCAAAUGUUACAAAGACAUCUUGGCCAAUCCCAAAAAGUUUUCCAUAAUGCUAAAUGAUGAAAAUUUACUAGAUGAAUAUUACACCGUUUUUGGGAAAAAAAAAAUAAUUCCGCCCAGCGUUAAAAAUUCCACCCCCAUGAGCAAAGAAGCAGCAACGAAAGAGCAGGGUGUGUCAAAAGAGAGUGAGAAAGAAAAUGGGAAGAUAAAAUUUAACAGACUCAAAAGCUGCAUUGGCAUAGUCAGGAAAAAUGAUAACGCCAAGAGCUCCAUGUUUCAGCUGAGGACUAAAUUAAUGCAGGACAUUCAGAAUAGGGCUUUCAUCAAAAGGGGGAACUCGGAUGGGGAUAAAGUGCAAUGUGAAUCCAUCAUCCAUUUGUGCAACCAGAAAGAUGCGCCUAUCCCGAAUACGGGAAUGGGGGAAAAUGACGGGGCGGCAGAGAACGCACAACGUUUAAAUGGAAUUGGGAAUGGCGUCGAUGCAAAGGGGGGGAAUGUGCCGCUUGGACGCGCCUUGGGGGGGGAGUUAAAAAGGAGGGAACACUCGGCUGGAAGGGUAAGCAGCGAGACGAGGCUAAGAGAGGGACUAAACUGCGAUGAAAAGACGAAUGGAGAUAUAGCCGCGGAGGUGAACCAGGCAGGGGGUCCAAAAAUUGAGGGAAAACCCAGCGCGAGUACCAAAAUUGAGGGCAAACCCAGCGCGAGUACCAAAAUGGAGGGCAAACCCAACGCGAGUACCAAAAUUGAGGGCAAAGCGAACGAUGAGAUAGGUGGACUCGUGGGGGAAGACAAACUGGUGGAAUAA